AUGCCGCUCAAAAAACCCGACCCCAAAAAGGAUGCAGCCAAAGCGGCUGCAGCCCCGGAGGUGCCCAGGGAGCUCGCCUUCGAUCCCAGGAGCGUGAAGAUCGAAUUCACGGCAGAGCAGAUCGAAGAGUUCAAGGAAGCCUUCAGCCUGUUCGACCGCACGCCCACGGGGGCCAUGCAGAUCAGCUACGCGCAGUGCGGGGACGUCCUGCGGGCGCUCGGUCACAACCCCACCAAUGCAGAGGUGCUGAAGGUGCUGGGCAAGCCCAAACCAGAAGAAAUGAACACAAAGGUGCUGGACUUUGAGACCUUCCUCCCCAUCCUGCAGCACUUCACCCGCAACAGGGAGCAGGGCACCUUCGAGGACUUUGUGGAAGGGCUGCGCGUCUUCGACAAGGAGGGCAACGGGAUGGUGAUGGGGGCAGAGCUGCGCCACGUGCUGGUCACGCUGGGGGAGAAGAUGACAGAAAGCGAGGUGGAGCAGCUCAUGGCAGGGCAAGAAGAUGCCAAUGGCUGUAUCAACUAUGAAGCUUUUGUCAAGCACAUCAUGUCUGGCUGAGUCCAACUUCAGGUUCUCGGAAAUGUUGGAACCCACCUG